UUUUUUUCACCAUUUCAGAAGCGGCCUCGGCCGAAGGAUGGCUCUCGUCUUCGUCUACGGCACUCUGAAGCGCGGGCAGCCGAACCACGCCCUCAUGUUGGACGAGAGCCUCGGAGCCGCGCAGUUGCUGGCCUCCGCCGUGACGACGGAGACGUUCCCGCUGGUGAUCGCCGGCGAGAGAAACGUCCCUUUCCUCCUCAACCUCCCGGGUCGGGGUCGCAGGGUUCACGGCGAGCUCUAUCGAGUGGAUGAGCGCUUGCUCCGUUUCCUGGAUGUCUUUGAAGACACGCCCGCCAUGUAUCAGCGAACUCCGCUGACGCUGACGGUGAAGGAGUGGCUGGGGCGGGCCGACGACGGGCAGAGGACGGCGGCGGGGGGCGUCGCCGAGGCCUUUGUGUACAGCACCACCACGUACCGACCGGACUGGCCCUCGCUGCCCCACCACGACAACUACGACUUUCGUGGCGAUCACGGGCUGGAGUACGUCAGGAAAUAA